AUGGCUCUCGGAAGGCGGCUGAUCGCUGCGACUCCGGUGGUGCUGCUCUGGCUUUUGGCCGCCGCUUCCGUUUCUUCCGCCGCAGAUUAUUAUGAGUUUCCCGACGACCAAAAUUACGGGGGAGCGGGGGAUAACGGAAUCCCUAUUUAUGAGAAACCGCUCCCGUCGUACGGCCGUGAAGUGGCGGCGCCGCUCCUUAUCGCCGUUGAAGGAGUUGUUUCUUGUAAAAAUAACACUCAGUAUCAUCCUCUUAAAGGUGUGGUAGCGAGAAUCACAUGCAUGGGGUUGAACGAGAAGGGCAACGAAAUGGCUCCUUUUUCGUUCUCGAGCUUCCCAAGCGACGAGCAUGGGUACUUCUUAGCCACAUUGUCAGCAUCCAAGCUGAAGGGGAAGGCCAAAGUGACAGAGUGCAAAGCCUUCCUUCCACCAUCUUCGCCAUGUGAGGGCUGCAAAUACCUUACCAACGUUAACAAUGGCGUUCUUGGAGCUCUCUUUCGUUCUUUUCGCAUUCUCACUCACAGGAACAUGAAGUUGUACUCUGUUGGACCUUUCUUAUAUUCCUCACAGCUCAAUCCCUUAAUUUCUUCUCCUUGA